UAAAUAUAAAAUAUUUUCGUUCAAUUUUUAUUUUUGUGUGGAUACAGAAGCCAUAGCUGUCAAAUGCCAUUCUCAGCUUCCGGGGACGACGAUCUGACCUUCUUAUUCUCCUGCGGUCUUCUUCUCUGAGCUCUCUACGUAUUCUGAUUUGCUUUCUGAACCUGUUCUCUAUCUUGUUCUUCUGUCAGUAUUUCGUUUUGUGAGUCUGUGUCAUUGUUGUAUGUAUCUGCGUUCAUAUAGAUAGAUUUAUGCGUUUGGUGUAUGUAUAGAUUCAGAACACAGUAAAAAACAAUUUUUGUUUUUGUUUUUGUUUUUUCUGGAAUAGAAUUGUAUUAGUAAUAAGUUAUAUAAACAAAACCCGAGCACUUUGAGGCUCGGGGUGAUUCAAUCCUAAAUCAAUGGCGUCCGAGGAAGACCUCUGUCAGAAACUUCACCGUGAGAAUUGCUAUUUGAAGAAAUUCAAACUCUACGAAACACCCUCGAACUUUUAUAUGAUAGGAAGAGACAAGAGCAGAACACGUUGGAGAGUACUAAAAAUUGACCGGUUAGAGCCAUCUGAGCUGAAAAUUUUUGAAGAUGCUACUACAUACUCAGAAAAUGAUUGCUAUGACCUUCUGAGACGGUUACAUGAAGGAAACAAGGCAAUCGGUGGACUUAAGCUUAUAGCAAUAUGUUAUGGAAUAAUUGGCUUUGUUAGAUUUCUGGGACCUUACUACAUGCUUGUUAUCACAAAACGAAGGAAGCUUGGAACAAUUUGUGGUCAUACAAUAUAUGGAAUUUCCAAGAGCAAGAUGAUUCCAGUACCAAAUUCUACAGUGCGGUCAAACUUGCCUUAUUCUAAGGAUGAGAACAGAUACAAGAGGCUACUAUGCACAGUGGAUCUCACAAAAGAUUUCUAUUACAGCUACUCAUACAAUGUCAUGCAUAGUCUUCAAAGGAACUUGAAUGACUGUAAGGCAGGACAGAUUCUUUACGAAUCGAUGUUUGUUUGGAAUGAGUACUUGACUCGUGAAAUCCGAAUUAAUCUGAAUAAUACUUUAUGGACAGUUGCCUUAGUGUAUGGUUUCUUUAAACAGGUUGACCUCUUUGUUUCUGAGCGGGAAUUCAAGUUAACUCUCAUUGCUAGACGCUCACGCCAUUAUGCUGGCACCAGAUACUUGAAACGAGGUGUAAAUGAGAAGGGUAGAGUAGCUAAUGAUGUUGAGACAGAACAGAUUGUUAUUGCAAAUGCUACUGAAGGUUGCCCGACUCAAAUUAGUUCUGUUGUACAGAUUCGGGGUUCAAUUCCACUUUUCUGGUCACAGGAAACAUCACGAAUAAAUAUAAAACCUGACAUUAUAUUAUCCAAAAAGGACGAAAACUAUGAAGCUACAAGACUUCAUUUUCAGAAUCUUGUCAAGAGAUAUGGAAAUCCAAUCAUCAUUUUAAAUUUGAUCAAGACACGUGAGAAGAAGCCUAGGGAGACUAUUCUUCGUGCAGAAUUUGCAGAUGCUGUAAAACAUAUAAAUAGAAGUUUGUCAAAGGAGAAUCGUCUUAUGUUUUUUCAGUGGGAUUUGCACAGACAUUCUAGGAGCAAAGCAACUAGUGUUUUGUUACAGCUUGCAAACAUGGCUGCAUAUGCUUUAAGCUUAACUGGGAUCUUCUAUUGUCAAGUAGCCCCAAUUUUAAGUCCCCCGGAAAUUCUAGAUAUUGAGAUCGAUAACAACGAUGACUGCUCUUCUGAGAACCUUUCUAGUCGAAAUGAGAGUGCUGAUAACCUGGAAAUAGAACUUUGCAACAGUAAUUCUACUGGUGAUUCCAAUAGAAAUUGCAAUGUCAAACCCUUAAUGUAUCAGAAAGGGGUACUGAGGACCAAUUGUAUCGACUGUCUAGAUCGUACUAAUGUUGCCCAAUACGUCUACGGUCUAGUUGCUCUUGGAAGUCAGCUAUUUACUUUGGGAUUUAUAGAAUCUCCAAAAAUCAAUCUAGGUGAGCCUUUGGCUGAUGAGCUGAUGAAAAUUUACGAGACAAUGGGAGACACACUUGCAUUCCAAUAUGGUGGUUCUGCAGCACACAAUAAGAUAUUUUCUGAGAGAAGAGGUCAAUGGAAGCCUGCAACGCAGUCGCAAGAACUCAUCAGAACUCUACAACGGUAUUGCAAUAAUGCCUACUGGGAUCGAGAUAAACAAGAUGCUAUAAAUGUAUUUUUGGGGCACUUUCAACCACAUCCGGGAAAACCUGCACUGUGGGAAUUGGGUUCAGACCAGCAUCACAAUGUUGGAAAGCGUGAUUCUAAUUUUGCAGAUGAGAGUGUUAGGGUGAGUAUAAAAAGAUCCCUUUCAGUUGGCAGUAUUCCUUGUGAAAGUGACACGCCUGACGCGAACACCUUAAUUGGGUGCAAUCAGCCUUUGUCUGAAAAAGUAGCAGCAAACGAUGGUCUAUCGGAUUCUACACCAAUAAUUCCAUCUUGUGAGGAUAGUAUAUCUUCUUUCAGGUAUAUCCCGUCAAUGCCUCAAAAGCAGUUUUUCAAAUUCAUGCAAGAGGAGCAAUUUCUUGAACGUGACCAUAUUUCUUAUGAUGAAUACGAUGAGUGUAACUUCUCAAAUAUUAUGGAUGCGGAUUGGCUGUCUUCGUCUGGAAAUUCUUGUGAAGGAGAUGUAAAUGAAAGGUCUCUUGGCAACCUUUCAUCAGAGAAUGUUGUGAAUGGUCUAAAAAUUGAUAUGAAUGAAACUGCAAGUAAAUCUAGGUCCACUGAUAAGGAAAGGGAUCAAGCUAAACCGGUGGUCAAUCGGGACUGCAACUUAGAUAAAUUGCGUGAGAAAUUCGAAAGCUGGGUUUCUGAUGGAGGUUUACUCUUCAAUUGAGGUAACUAGAAUCGCAUCAAAAAACAAUAAUUCCUGCACCAUCUUAUAUGACAUCAUCCGAAGGAUGUGUUUCCUGUACAGCAAAUAAAUGGUAAAAGGGAUCAACAAUCAAAAGAAUGAUAAUUCAGCAAAUAAAUGGAGAUAAAUUUUGUGCGUGGGAUUCAGCGGAAUUAAUUUUCUCAUAUGAGAUCCUUCAUUGUUUAUACUCAUGGUUACUACUAGUGUACAAUCCAACAAACAUUCACAAUUCUUUCAGUUUUCCCUAACUUGACCAAACUUCUUUUCUUCUGUGUAUAGAACUUACAAGUUUUUAACUUUGUAAAUAUUGUAAUAUAUCUUUAGAUCUGCCAAUUGACAAUGUCUUAACAUUUCGUUUUUA